AUAUAUGAAAAUUUUAACUACCAAAUAAACUGUCUCACUUUUUAGUUUUCUCUCUUUAUUUAAAAGAAGAAGAAUAAAAAUAAAAUUUUCAACGGCCGACCGGUGUUGACGUUCCAAAGACGCUUCUCUCCUCCUUUCUCUCAUCUCCUUUCAUCAGAUCUCACUCUUUCUUUUCCCUGACCCGUUUCUUCUAUUACCAUGGCUGCUCCACCUGCAAGAGCUCGAGCCGAUUACGACUACCUCAUAAAGCUCCUUUUGAUCGGCGACAGCGGUGUGGGUAAGAGUUGCCUCCUUUUGCGUUUUUCAGAUGGCUCAUUUACUACAAGUUUUAUCACAACCAUCGGGAUUGAUUUUAAGAUCAGGACUAUAGAGCUUGAUGCCAAACGGAUCAAACUCCAAAUUUGGGAUACUGCCGGGCAAGAGCGGUUUCGUACAAUUACAACUGCUUACUACCGUGGAGCUAUGGGUAUUUUGCUUGUAUAUGAUGUGACUGAUGAGUCAUCUUUCAAUAACAUUAGAAAUUGGAUUCGUAAUAUUGAACAACAUGCAUCUGAUAAUGUCAACAAGGUUCUGGUGGCUAAUAAGGCUGACAUGGAUGAAAGCAAAAGGGCUGUCGCUACUUCGAAGGGCCAAGCUCUCGCUGAUGAAUAUGGCAUCAAGUUCUUUGAGACUAGUGCAAAAACAAACUUAAAUGUGGAGGAGGUUUUCUUUUCAAUAGCCAGGGACAUUAAGCAAAGACUUGCAGAUAGUGACUCCAAGGCUGAGCCAAACACAAUCAAAAUUAACCAACAAGAUCAGGCAGCAGGGGCUGCAGAAAAUGCUCCAAAAUCAGGUUGCUGCGGUUGAGCUACGAUCGAUGAUGAGCUCUGAAGGGUAUAUUUGCUUCUCUAGGGAGCUCUUUGAAUUUGGGAAAACUGUAAUUAUAUUCUUCGUGUUUGUAAUAUUUGCUUACCUAUUUUGCAUCUAUUACUCAUUUGGUGUGAAAUGUUAGAUCCCUGAUAUCCUGCAAAAUUAAUUAUUUUUGCAAGUUGCCUCUACCAUUUUGACAUUUGGAGUUGAAGCUAAGAACCGCUCGGUGCCAAUAAUUGGAGCAUAAUUAGAGAUGACAAUGGGACAGAUUUGGAACAAAAUCAUUUUGGAGUUUUUCGAGUUUGGUGUGUGCGCUAGGAUUUGGGGCAAGCUCGGUAUUUUCUUCGUAAUUUUCAAACUUUAUAAAAGAUGUAAGCAUUCUAACAUGUUCUUGUUAGAGUUCAAUUGAGCUCAGAUUUAAAUCACUGUUUUUUUUUUUUAUCAAA